AUGUUCAGCUUUCGCCGCAAACCCCAGAAGCCGGCCGACAACGGCGGUCCCCCCUUCAUACGCACCUCCCCGUCCCUUCCGGAGCUCUCAGCGCAAGGUAUCCCGUGGCCGAGUAACCUCGUCGAUGUCUCGGAACUUCCGCAGGAUGAGCCGCCGCCACCCAGAGGCGCGGCGAAGACCUCGUUCUCGGCUGCGAGGGGAACUGUGCCGUUCCACAAGCCAUGGACUUCCCCCGGAAAGGCUGCCGAAAGCAAUGGCACAGGCCCCAUUUCUUCGUUGUACAUGUCACACCCGCCUUCGGCAUUCGAGUCGCGGAAGGGCUCUCUGCAGGGACGCACGCGUCCGAGCCAGAGGCGUGCUCGGAACCCGACGACGUUCAACCUCAUGGUCGCCGGAGGCCAGGGCACGGGCAAGACCUCUCUGUUGCGACUCUUGUUGGACACCGCGGAUAUUUCGCCCACCGCCACCGCCGACCAGAAGGCUGCCAUGGCACGCUUUCUACGUGGCACUCCGAAGCAGACUGAGCAAAUUCAGACGGCAUGCGUCGAAAUAUGCGAGAGCAAGUACGACCGCUUGCUGUUCUCGGUCAUUGACACGCCCGGACUGGACUUCCGAGAGGGCCACGAGCUCAAGCUGGAUCGCCAAGUGUCGUCUAUCGUGAAGUACUUGGACUCGCAAUUUUCUGACACCCUUAACGAGGAAUCCAAGGUCAUACGUCAGAGCAAGGGCGACCAACACAUUCAUUUAUGUAUCUACAUGGUCGACCCCUCUUCGGUGACUACCGAAUCUGCUCGGCGCGCCCAGUCGUCGUACCCGUCCAAGGUGCGAUCGGAGGCAACCAUCUCCUACAAACCGCCGGACCUGUCUUCCAUGUCCGAAGACUCGGACUCCGAGGAUUCAGACGACGAAUCCGGCGGGGGUUUGACCAUGUCUCCGGUGGACGUCCGCAUUAUCCGACGCCUCUCGGCGCGUGCCAACGUCCUGCCUAUCGUCGCAAAGGCGGAUUCCCUGACGGACAGCAAGCUUGCGGCGAUCAAGAGGGUCAUCCGCCGCGACCUUCUCGCUGCGAAGCUCGACUUUGGCGUAUUCGGCCCCGCGUUGGUGGCAGAAGAGCGCGCGAAGAGUGCGGCCAGCCACACGAACGGCGCCGAGAACGGCAACGGCGCAGCCGCAGAGGAGCAGAGCGAAGACGACGGCGACGAGCCCGCCGAACGGCAAUCUCGCCCGGUCAUCAAGCUGCGCCCAACCCGCCUCGCGCGGACUCGGUCUUCGCGGUCGCGGUCGCGCGUCGACCUCACAGACACGCCCGAGGAGCCGUCUUUCGAAAUCGACGACACGGAGAGCGUAGCGAACGUACGGUUCUCCGCGCACAUAAUCGCGAAGACGGACCUGAGCGCCAACCUCCCGUUCGCGAUUAUCACGCCUGAGCACCACCACCGCCGGCGCACGCCUAAGAGCGCGGUCACGUCGCCGUCGGCUGCGAGCGCCAAUGGACACGCGCAUAUCAACGGACAGGCCGCAGACGACCGGUCGGUGCACACUGUGUCACCCUCUGAGGAUGGACACGCGCCAUCGGUCGCCCAUUCUACCAUGACGUCGCCCACCAGCCCCUCUACUCCUGCGUCGGUCCGCAACUUUGCAUUCAUGGCGGGACCCCCGGCGGACCUUAGGGGUGUGUUCGUGCGCAAGUUCAGAUGGGGCACUGUCGACGUCCUUUCCCCGGAGCACUGUGACUUUGCCGCUCUCCGCACUGCGGUCCUCUCGACGCAUAUGAAGAUGCUGAAAAUCAGGACCAAGGAAGUACUGUACGAGAGGUACAGAACUGAGAAGCUGCUCGCCAGGCGCGCAACGCGGAAUAUCGGCGAGGAAGAGGCCCGCCGGUUGUUUGAAGACUUGGGACUUUGA